UUGUUUUUGUUGUUAUUGUCGUCAAAAUGGCGACUGGCGGAGAGGCCCCAGAGUCCUGGUAUCUUGCCUUACUUGGUUUUGCUGAACAUUUCCGCACUUCGAGUCCUCCUAAAAUUCGCCUCUGCGUGCACUGUCUCCAGGCUGUAUUUCAAUUCAAACCUCCACAAAGAGUCGAAGCCAGAACGCACCUUCAGCUCGGCUCGGUCCUCUAUCACCACACCAAGAACAGCGACCUUGCCCGGAAUCAUCUCGAGAAAGCGUGGUUCAUCUCGCAACAAGUCCCCCAGUUUGAAGAUGUUAAAUUUGAAGCUGCCAGUCUUCUCUCAGAGCUUUAUUGCCAACAGAAUUUGGUUGAUUCUGCUAAGCCUUUACUACGCAAAGCCAUCCAGAUUUCCCAGCAGACUCCCUAUUGGCACUGCAGAUUGUUGUUCCAACUAGCACAACUACACACACUAGAGAAGGACUUGGUGUCUGCGUGUGACUUAUUGGGUGUAGGUGCUGAAUAUGCCAGGGUCGUCGGCUCAGAAUAUACCAGAGCUCUGUUUCUUCUGAGUAAAGGGAUGUUGCUGCUGAUGGAACGUAAGCUACAGGAGGUGCAUCCUUUGCUCACGUUGUGUGGGCAGAUUGUAGAGAACUGGCAGGGAAACCCCAUACAGAAGGAAUCCCUCCGCGUCUUUUUCCUGGUGCUGCAGGUCACACAUUACCUGGAUGCCGGACAGGUGAAAAGCGUGAAGCCAUGUUUAAAGCAGCUGCAGCAGUGCAUUCAGACCAUCUCAACACUCCAAGAUGACGAGAUCCUGCCCAGUAACCCAGCAGACCUCUUCCACUGGCUUCCUAAAGAGCAUAUGUGUGUUCUUGUCUACUUGGUCACUGUUAUGCACUCGAUGCAGGCCGGAUACUUAGAGAAGGCGCAGAAGUACACGGACAAAGCUCUAAUGCAACUAGAGAAACUAAAAAUGUUGGACUGCAGUCCCAUUCUCUCGUCAUUCCAAGUCAUCCUGCUGGAGCACAUCAUCAUGUGUCGCCUGGUUACGGGCCACAAAGCGACGGCGCUGCAGGAGAUCUCUCAGGUGUGCCAGCUGUGCCAGCAAUCUCCUCGUCUGUUCUCCAACCACGCUGCUCAGCUUCAUACACUAUUAGGGCUCUACUGUAUUUCUGUGAACUGUAUGGACAAUGCAGAGGCUCAGUUCACUACAGCCUUGCGGUUGCUGCCUCCCCAGCUUACUACACACCAGGAGCUAUGGACUUUUAUUGUGACCAACUUGGCUAGUGUGUAUAUCAGAGAGGGAAACCGACACCAAGAGCUUUAUAGCCUACUAGAGAGGAUAAACCCUGACCACAACUUCCCUGUCAGUUCUCACUGUCUGCGAGCCGCAGCCUUUUACAUCCGUGGACUUCUGUCUUUCUUUCAAGGACGCUACAACGAGGCCAAGCGUUUCCUGCGUGAGACUCUGAAGAUGUCAAACGCAGAGGAUCUGAAUCGACUGACCGCAUGCUCGCUUGUUCUUCUCGGACACAUAUUCUACGUUCUGGGAAACCACAGAGAAAGCAACAAUAUGGUGGUUCCAGCCAUGCAGUUGGCCAGCAAGAUUCCUGACAUGUCUGUUCAGCUUUGGUCUUCUGCUCUGCUUAAAGAUCUGAACAAGGCCUGUGGGAACACGAUAGACGCUCACGAGGCAGCACAAAUGCACCAGAACUUCUCCCAGCAGCUCCUACAGGACCACAUAGCUGCCUGCAGCCUGCCUGAACACAACCUCAUAAGUUGGACAGAUGGACCUCCACCAGUGCAGAUCCAAGCUCAGAAUGGACCCACAACCAGCCUGGCCAGCCUGCUUUGAAUAUACAGCACACUGACACACACACACACACACACACACACACACACACAUCCCUUCUCGCUGACUGUGAGCACACACAUUGUACAUAAAGGUCAGCCUUUGAGCCCUCACCUGCACAUACACACAUACAUAUACACACACACAUUAAAACUAAAGGAGACAGGACUCCAGCUUUUGUCCUGCAGAUUUUAUCUUGUAUUCAGAUUUUAACUUAUUCUUAUUGAACUUGUAUGAUGUUGGGGCAACGAGAUGUCAGCGAGACCUUGGGAUACGAGUCACAGCAGGGGCGUGAUUAAUUACUUCAGUCUUCAUGAACGUGCACACAUGACAAAAAAAAAAAAAAACAGAGAAAGGCUCUACAGGGCAAGAGUUUGGAAGCAUACGGUCUAAUCAUUUAGAAACUAUAUUUGGUUGGUCAACAGAAGAUGGAAGGUAUCGAUGAAGCCAUUUCAUUUCAUAGCAGUUUAAAACUUGUCAAGUUGGCCUGUUUCUCUGUGUUCAUAUACGAGCUUGAAUAGAAUACACAGAAUUCCAUAUUUUUCAUCAUUAUUAACCUCUUUAACUUUAAUGCAUCAUCCAUGAACUUAACCAGUGAAUAUAACACACUGAUGUGUGUGUUGGAUUCAUUCGUUAGCACGCUACCUGGUUUGACUUUUUUUUUUUUUUUUAAUUUUAUUUAUUUUUUUUUCAUCUUCAUUCUUAUCUUCAUUCUUAUCCACAAAUAUUUUGUGAAACUGCAGAUUUUCAUUCCAACCAAUCAGGUGCUACAUCUGAUCCCGUCUGACAUUAGACAACUAGUAUUUGUGGCGGCCGGUCGUCUGGAACGAAAACUUUUUUGUAACCAUAACAAAACUUUGUGCCUAAGAUCGAAGUCUUCUGGUGCAGAUCGGAUCAGACUUGGCCUUGACAAAUUCAGCCUGAGUUGAACGCUCCCCUCAUUUUCAGGGGUUGGAACAAACAGGCUAAUUAUAAUAACAAACCCGAGCUUGUGCAGGCAGCUAAGAGUUUAAAAGGACAUGAUGCAAGGUAAUAAUCCGCUAUCAAACAAAGUCCGUCACUGUAUUGCGUUUCCUGGUACCCAGAGUCAGUGUCUUUAAUGCUAAGAUGCAUCUCAAAGUAUUGUUUCAGCAUCAUCAAGAGAUUAUUUUGUCCUGUUUCAUUGUUUAUUUUUUUAACUAGAACUAAAACACGUAACUAAAUGCAUAGUAAUCUUUUCUUUUUGCAAUUUGUCUUGUGUGGGGUAUUUCAAAAAGUAUGUAUAGAUUUUCUCUAUUUUGAGCACUGCAGAUAUUUUAGCAGUAUCAUUUUUAAUACCAGUGGCAGUUUGUUAGUUGAGAACAUUUUGACAAAGCUGUUUAGAGGAAUACUGUGCUAAGUCCAGAAACAAAGGUUCCUUUUGUUUUGUUUUGUUUUGUUUUCCUGCAAACUACUGGCUUUUUGGCAAAAUUUCUUAAAAGGCCAAAAAAAAAAAAAAACACCAGCAUACAGUCAUAGAUCAUUGAUCUUUAUGCCUGGUUUAUUUUUCACUGAUAUUUAUUGUUAAACACUUGUAGCUCGCCUCAUGGCAUGUUUCACACUUGGUAUUAGAUUUUAUUUGAGAUGUGUGUGUAUAAGUAUAAGCAAGAGAGGGCGCUAGAGAUGCGACUACCUGUUCUCAUUCACAUCCUUGGCCCAUGAUCAUAAAUAAACCCUUUAAUUUGAAGUUGAUGGUAUCCGGAUCUGUCUCUCAUAUCAGGAUCCCUUCAGCUUUACACAACUCAAGGCUGGUGAAACUGAUGACCUUUUGUAAUAUUCUAGUAAAUAUUUCUUAAACAAGAGCCCAGAUUUUUCCUUUGCAGACACAAUGUCUUUUGUAUUGACACGUCACAAUGUUUUUCCGUUUCCACUUUCUCUUCUCCACUGUAUAAACCCUACUGAGACACCUUUUUUUUUUUUAAGGUAUUUACCCCAUUUUCUGUAGUUUUAACAAAUAAACCCAUUUAUUAAAUUU